CCGCGCGGGCUCGCGAUGAGCGGCGGCCGGCAGCGCACGCUGCUCGAGGCGUGGCGGCGGGCCGCGGGCCCCGCGCUGCAGGCCGGGCGGGAUGCGGGCGUUAACAACGACGACAACGACAACAACGACGACGAUGACGACGAACUGCUGGCGGCCGCGGCCGCGGAGCUGGAUCCGAACCCGAACCCGAAGCCGGGCCCCGAAACCGCGGCCGGCGGCUUCUGCUCGGCUGCGGGCGCGCUGUGGAUCUACCCGAGCAACCGGCCGGAGCGCUCCUACCAGCUGCGCAUGGCCCGCGCCGCGCUGCUCGCCAACACGCUGCUGUGCCUGCCCACCGGGCUGGGAAAGACCUUCGUGGCCGCCGUCGUCAUGUAUAACUUCUACCGCUGGUUCCCGUCCGGCAAAGUGCUCUUCCUCGCGCCCACCAAAGCGCUGGUGGCUCAGCAGAUGGAGGCGUGCGCUCAGCUGAUGGGCAUCCCCGGGCGGGACAUGGCCGAGAUGACGGGUGGGACGCAGGCCCUGAGCCGCAGGGAGCUGUGGGCCACCAGGAGGGUUUUCUUCCUGACCCCGCAGAUCAUGGUGAACGAUCUCAGCCGAGGAACGUGUCCUGCUGUGCAAAUUAAAUGUCUGGUUGUUGACGAAGCCCACAAAGCCCUGGGGAACCACGCCUACUGCCAGGUUGUGAAGGAGCUGAGCAGAUACACCAAGCAGUUCCGUGUUUUGGCCCUGAGUGCAACGCCGGGCAGUGACACCAAGGCUGUGCAGCAAGUUGUUUCCAACUUACUCAUUGCUCAGAUAGAGCUGUGUACUGAAGACUCUCCAGAAAUUCAGCCUUAUUCUCACGAGCGGCAAGUGGAAAAAAUCGUCGUUCCUCUUGGUGAAGAGCUGGGUGGGAUUCAGAGAGCUUACAUCCACGUGCUAGAAACAUUUGCUGGCCGCCUGAUCAAAAUGGGGGUUUUAGCAAGGCGGGACAUUCCCAGCCUCACCAAGUACCAGAUAAUUCUAGCAAGAGAUCAGUACAGAAAAAACCCUUCUCCACAAAACGUGGGGAUGCAGCAAGGCAUAAUUGAAGGAGAUUUUGCGCUCUGUAUCAGUUUAUAUCAUGGUUAUGAGCUGCUGCAGCAAAUGGGAGUGCGAUCGUUAUUCAUCUACCUUUGUGGAAUUAUGGAUGGAUCAAAAGGAUUAACUCGUACAAAGAAUGAACUUGGUCGCAAUGAGGACUUCAUGAGGCUGUACCAGCAGCUGACAGACAUGUUUUCAGACGUGUGUCAGGCUUCAGCAAGUGGAAAUCUUCACAAGAGUAGAACAGUUUCUGAAAAUAAAAAGGAAUUUAUUUACAGUCAUCCAAAAUUAAAGAAAUUGGAGGAAAUAGUAAUAGAGCACUUCAAGUCCCAGAAGAUGGGAUGUUCUGAUCAAACCACGUCCGGAAGCACAUCUGUGGACACCAGGGUGAUGAUCUUCUCAUCAUUUCGGGAUAGUGUGCAAGAAAUUGCAGAAAUGCUGUCCCGGUUCAGCCCAGUUGUUAGAGUGAUGACUUUUGUUGGGCACUCCACAGGAAAGAGCACAAAGGGCUUCACCCAAAAGGAGCAGCUUGAGGUGGUAAAACGCUUUCGUGAGGGUGGCUAUAACACCCUGGUGUCCACGUGUGUGGGAGAAGAAGGUUUGGACAUCGGGGAAGUCGAUCUCAUCAUCUGCUUUGACGCCCAGAAGAGCCCGAUCCGGCUGGUGCAGCGCAUGGGCCGCACGGGGCGGCAGCGGCAGGGCCGGGUCGUCGUCAUCCUCGCCGAGGGGCGCGAGGAGCGGACUUACAAUCAAAGCCAGUCCAACAAAAGAAACAUCCAGAAAGCUAUUUCAGGAAACAAAAUGCUUCAUUUUUACCAGCACAGCCCACGGAUGAUUCCAGAAGGCAUAAAUCCAGAGCUGCACCGAAUGUUUAUUACUGCUGAAAAAUACGAACCAAACGAUUCAAGAAAGCUUUCCAGAGGGAGACCUAGUUCUCUCCACCAUAAAUCUGCUCUCUUCUCCUGUGUCACUGAUCCAAAGGAAAUGCACUGCCAUGAGAAUUGGUCUCUGUCACCUGAGGAAUUUGAAAUAUGGGACAGGCUGUACAGACUUAAAGAAAAUGAUGGAGUAAAGCAGCCAAUACUGCCUCACACUCGGUUUGAAACCCUAGAAAACCUGGAGGAAACAUCAAAGCCUGAAGAGGAGGCAGUGCAUAAACUGUCCUUGUCUGAGUGGAGUAUUUGGCAGAAUCGUCCUUUUCCUACAAGUAUGGUUGUCCACUCCGACCGCUGCCACCAUUUUAUCAGUGUUAUGGAAAUGAUAGAAGUGAUGAGACAAGAACAGGGAGAUUGCAGCUAUGAACUGGAGCUUCAGCCUCACCUACGGAUUGAAGACGUCCAUGUUCAGAGGAAUAAAAGUCGUCUUUCCACAACCAGUUCCACGUUUGCUCUGAAGACUCACUCAUCAAAAAGAGACACGGCACACACAAAAAAAACGUUUGUACCUGAUAUAAAUGAUAAUGAGAGAGAAUUCUUUUCUAUAUUUAAAACAACAAACAUAAAGACUCCCAGAAGAACUCCUGGACUGGAUUUGGAAGAGCCCGAGUUGCCCACAGAUACCGAUGCUUCAGAGCCUUGCUCAGCAAAAAGGCUCACUCUGGUUGAGAGUGCUGAGCAGGGCAGCCAAAAGGAGGAGGAAAUAGAGAAGGUGACAUUUGACUUAAAUGAAUUUAAUGACUUAUGUGAUGAAGGUGAAAGUACUGUGACUCGUGAAAGUGCAGCAGCGAAGGAUCUCAGGUUGUUAGAUAAGCACUGCAGUUCAGUGGGGUUGAACCACACAGAUUUGGGUUACAGCAGCUUCACAGCUGAGAAAUCUGUGUCCUCUGACUUAUUUUAUCUCCCAGAAUCACACGUGGAUUCAUUUGUGCUUGUGAGCUCCUCUGAAGAGCUUUCUAGGCCAGAAGAAGCAUUUUCCUGUGUGAGGAGGCUGUUAGCACAUUCUCCUCCUCCUCUCAGUAAACUUGAAGAUUUUGAAAAACUGCUGAGACAUGAGGAAACACUGUGCCCUCUUCCAAAGGUGUCUUGCAGGAGUUAUUCAAGGCAACUGCUGGACAAAGACUUUUCCUUAGAAGUCAGUCACUCAUUGCUGCCUGCCGAAAGUCCAGAGCUGGAGGUCACUGUUGACCUGAGUGCUUCUGUAAAUACCUGCAUUUCAAAACCUGCCUCAUCUUCACCACCAGCUGCUGGUGGAGCCGAGGAGAGGCUUCUGUGGGGUGGCAGCUUCCACAGUCUGUUGGGCAAGGAGGGAUUGACAGCAAAUCACACAAAUAACCCUUCAAAUAAACACUUUGUUCAAGGAGAUGGAGAUUUAGAAAAAGACAAGAAAAAUGUGACUACAGAUGAGGAGAAGAGUGCGCAUUUGUUUGAGGAUGAACACAUCUACGAAGCAAAUGAUGAAACGACACCCGUGGACGUGGAACCUUUGCUCAGGUCGGGUUCAGGCAGGCAGACUGCUGGGCCAACUGCAGGGCCAGACUCCCAGCUGCUGCCCUCAGGGCCGGGCUGCCCACGUGGGGACACAGCCUGCAGUGAUGGGGCAGCACGGGGGGAAAUGGCACCCAGGGGAGAACAGGGCCACGGCAGUGCGGCUGAGCAGGUCCUGCACACCAGUGACCUGUGUGACUGUUCCCAGGAACUGUUUUCUGUUAACUUCGAUCUGGGGUUUUCCAUUGAAGAGUGUGAGAAGGAAAUCUUUGAAGAAGACAUGGAUGCCGUUAAUACCCCCAGAUUAAGCAGUGCCUCGGGGAGUCGUGCGGACGUGCAACUCGCCGCCAAUAAACAUCCUCUGAACGAUGGCUGCAGGAUUCAAACAUCACCAAAAUGGGAUUGCAAAGAUCUAGAGGGAAGAAACAUUUCCACACCACUGCCCCUGCAGAGCAGAAACGUGAGGGACACAGCAGUGCCUGGGGGGACGUCGGGGGGCAGGACGGGAUGUGGGUCACAGAGAGCCUCACCUCCUUCACCUUCUACCCCAACGGGCAGGAAGGUUAGCAGUGCUGAAGCUACCAGAAGGAUUCGUAAGAACAUGUUCUCUGCUGUCAGGGAGGAAAUUCCAGAGGUUCAUCCUAAAGAUAAAGUCAAUGUAAACUCACAGAGAAAGAGCUUUGGGAGCUCAGCCUUGGAUGCGCUUGAUUCCACUGGAGGAAGGACUGAACACCUGGCAGGCACCAGCCUUCAUACUUCACGUGUGUUUCCUGCUGAAGGAACCAGCAGUGAAAGUGAAGAAGAGAUUGUUUUCCAGAGGAAAAAUAGGAGAAAGAAUGUUUUGAAGUCUCCUGAUGUUGUGAAUGACAGUGAUUUUGAAUCUCCAGUUCGUGCCGUCAGGAAGCGCCGACAUCCGCUGAGCGUGUCUGACGUGUCCAGUGAUGACAGCGUGGAUUUUCACAAGAACCCAAACAGGAGCAGCAAGGGCUGCUCAGCAGUGGGCACCAAGGCAGAGCUGAGAGGUGUGAAACGUCAGAAGGUCAGGAGCAACGUUACACGUAAGGAUGCAGCAAGACAGUUCUUAGAUGAAGAAGCAGAGUUGUCCCAGCAGGAUGAGAGCUGUGUUUCUUCUGAUGAGACUGAGGACACAGACAAGGAGCUGAGCUCCUCACUUGCUCAAUUCCUGAAUGACGACGCAGAGGUCACACAAGUGUUAAAUGACUCUGAGAUGAGAGGUGUUUACCUGAAGUCCGUGCGCAGCCCAGCCCUGGGGAACAGAUACAAAAUGGUGCAUCGGGAAUUCAACAGCACUGAGAUUUUCUCACAGAUCCCUGAGCAAGACGAGACCUAUGCAGAAGACAGCUUCUGUGUUGCAGAGGGGGAUGAGGAGAUGUACAAAAAAAGCGGAUCGAGUGAGGAGGAGGAGAUGUGCAUUAACUUUGAUCUCUUAAAUAAUGAGAGCUUUGGUGAUGGAAGACAGCAGUACCUCACUCGGCGAAGAAAAAAACUCCACAGGGCCAAGAUGGAACAGAAUUGCUCAGUGCCAGGGCAGAAGAAGCCAUCCCGAAUUAUUGUCCUGAGUGACUCCAGCGGGGAGGAAACAAGUGUCAGCAAUGAGAAGGGCAUGGCAUCACAUUGCUCCAGGGCAGAACAGGAAAACGCUGAGUUACUCACAACGUUGCCUUCGGUCUCUUCUGUACCACGUAAAAAACCAGCUGGGGACAUCAGUGCUCAUCAGUCUGCAGAGAGUAAGAGUGGGAUGCUGCUGGGCUUGAAGGCGUCGGUAUCUGAAAUGCUUGACUUCCACCCAGGGCCUCGAUCUGGCUCAGGGAAGGAGGCUCUCCUGGCUCCUGCUGAGCAUGUACAGCUGGGGAGCUCUGUGAAGCACACUGCUGGGAAUGCCUCGGGUCCCACAAAGGCCUCUCCAGCUCUGCCCGACAGAGACACAGCACUGUGUGUUCUGGUGGACAGCCGUGAGAUCUCCUCUGGCACAGAUGUCAUCUCCUCCCUGAAGGCCGUCCAUGGGGUGAAGGUCCAGGUCUGCUCGCUGGGCAGCAGCGACUACGUUGUCAGCAACCGCAUGGCAGUGGAAAGGAAAUUGCAGUCGGAGCUGCUGAGCUCUGUGAACAGGAGUAAAGUCACCCAGCGCAUCCAGCGCCUGCAGAGCAUGUUUGAGAGAGUGUGUGUGAUCGUGGAGAAGGACAGGACCAAACCAGGGGAAACCUCGAGGUUUUUCCAGAGGACACAGCACUAUGAUGCUACACUCGCUGCGUUGCUCCAGGCUGGCAUCCGGGUUCUGUUCAGCUCUUGCCAAGAGGAGACAGCAGUGCUGCUGAAGGAGCUGGCCCUGCUGGAGCAGAGGAAGAACGCUGCCAUCCGUGUGCCUACAGAGGUGGAGGGCCACAAGCAGGAAAUGCUCAACUUCUACCUGAGCAUUCCCAACAUCAGCUACCUGGCUGCUCUCAAUAUGUGCCACCACUUCAGCUCCGUGAGGACGAUGAUGAACAGCUCCCCAUCAGACAUUGCUGCUGGUGCCCAGGUGAGCCUGCAGCGCGCAGAGGAGACGUACCGCUACCUGCGCUAUGGCUUCGACACACACAUGCUGCCUGAGAGCCUCUGUGCCAAGGGGAAGAGCAACACUGCCACCAGGAGCUGAGGAGAGGGACACGGGGCUGCUGAAAGCCUCGGGCUGCUCUUCCAAUUGCACUUUACUGAGCUUAGUUGCUGUAAAAUAUGUAAAUAAAUCCUCAGAGAAACA